AUGCGGCUAAUGAGCUUGGUGGGGCUGCUGGGGGUUUGCUGGGAAGCAGCAGCAUGGCGGGGGAGGAGAACAGACGAGCUCGAAGCUCUGCUGCAGGAAACGAAGCCGUCGGAGACCGUGACGAUGAGCUCAGAGACAGGCGGAAGGAUCCCCUCCGGAGAGAGCAUGGCGGCUGUGGUCAUACCCGAGGGGCGAAUCGUUCGGAUGUCAGGAGUGCUGCUUGCAGGAGGUCGAGGAGAGCGACCGAUACAUGUCGAUGGCGGGCAUCUUGAAGUUUUUGACUGCAUGCUCGAGGGAUACCGCAACGAUGCUCCCAUCCUCCUGAUCUGGGGGACGUUGGACUGCUUCAAUUGUUCGUUCGUUGGGAACCAUGUAAAGGACGCGGGCGGUGCCAUCAAAGUUCUCAGCGGAAGUUUGAACGUGGCAUCGUCGGUCUUCUACAACAACUCGGCUGAUGCAGGAGGAGGAGCAAUCUUCCUGUCAGGGUCUUCGAAGACCAACAUCACUGACUCUGUUUUCAACAACAACUCUGACCAUGGCAAGCUCUCGGUAGAACGUUCGAAGUUCAAUAUGAAUGCAGCCCAUCGCGGAGGAGCGAUCUGCUUGAAGACUUGUGAUGGGGGUGAGCGUGCGAUGCUGCGAGACUGCUCUUUCGAUGGCAACGAGGCAAGGGAUAGUGGAGGGGCGGUGAACGUAGAGGAACGUUGUCAUGCUCGACCAGAGGAUGACGGAUAUUUGGAACAAGCUCGUCCUCACCGCCUCGUGGUCCAUUCGUCUUCGUUUCACUGCAAUCAGGCGGACAACGGAGCUGGCAUGGCGAUCCAAGAUGCUGCUGCGCACGUGACCCGCUCUCUCUUCUGGAGGAACGAAGCGAGGCACGAGACGUCGAGCGUUCCUUCUCUCGUUGAAUCGUGCAAGUUCGAGCACAACGUGGCGCAUGAUGCGGGGUCAAACCUACGUUUCUCGGACAGCAGGAACCUCCGGUUGGACGGGAACUCAUUCAGCACGGAGAACUGCGAUGGCGACGAGGAGCAAAUUCACGCCAGAAGUCCUGCGCGAGUCUUCGUCGGUAUCGUGAUGCAGGCCCCGCAAUGGGUCAAGAACGUGCGGAUGCUCACAAGAGAUCGCUCUGCGCUUGUAGCCAAGACCUCCAAGGGGCCUGUCGUCGCUCGCAACUUGUCGCAGACAAUGUGA